GUAAAAUUGUUAAAAAUGAAUUACGAGUACGACAGUGAAUCCCUUGACUCCGAAGUUGGUGAAGAACAGAGUGGCAAUCUGCGCUUCAUACUAGACGCUUUAUCUAAUCACAGAGUAUUAUUUGAUAAAUCGCAGUUGUCAUUAAUUAGAAAAAAGAAGGAAAAUUCCUUAAUUAAACUGCAGGAAUCAUACCAAACAAUUUAUGGCAAAAGUAUUAAUGUAAAACAAUUUAAAAAAAAAAGUUUCAAAAUAUGAGAAACGAACAAAAACCCAACAUUUCAUAAAAUUUCUGGAGCGGCGACAACGGGAUUGAAACCAUUUGGUAAUGUUCUAGAAAUGCGGAAACCAGGCAUGUUUUUGUCAGACCUCCUCCUCCUCCUUAUAUUGCACCAUCAAAACCCAAAAAAAAAAAAUAAGCUGGAAGGGUAAGAAACAGAAAAGACAGCAAAAUUAGCCACAGCAGAUUUACAAAGAUUAGUUCUUCUUGAGCCAUUAAAACCUACACGCAUGCAGAUCGAGCGAGAAAAACUUUUAUUGAACAAGCUACGCCAAAUUCUACCCGAAACCCAAGGUCCCG